GAGUUCCCAGUUCUGAUCGAACCGAGUCGGCUCGUUCCCAAAGAGUGAGACCAUUUCGUAUCCUUGGUCGAGAAGGAACGGAAAUGACUGGAAGAGUAAUGAUCGAAAACGACCCACUAAAAUAGUUUAGUCUCUCUCUCUCUCUACCCCCACUGCAAUAAUUGAUUAAUUUGGGUUUAUUUCAAUUGAUUACCAAUCCUGUACAUCUAACCUUUCAAAGUUCAUUGGAGAGAGAGAGAGAGAGAUGGUGCUGCAUCUUGGGGACCCUGCAAAGCUUAAAACUAAGAAGAUUGUGUUUGAAGACAUAUACCCAGCUCGUGAUUCUGGCACACUUGAGCAACUGAAGGAGUUAAGCUCCAAGCGUAGGGCAAUCGAGGAGUCCAUCAAUGAAAGCAGCUUCAUUACAGAGGCUAUUGCAAGGGAAAUGUCUGGGGGCUUGACUUCUCAAUCAGAACAGGACCUUCAAAAGUUGGAGCAGUAUUUACCAUUGUUGGAAAACUUGGUUUACCAUGUCAGCUUAGUUAGUGACAACCCCCGAAUGGUUCGUUGGACUUCUGACCUUAAGAUAAGAUGGAGUAGCGCUCUUAGUUCAUCAUCUUUCUUUAACCUUACUGGUCCAAAGUUCUUUGAAAUUGAUAAUUUGCGAUAUGAGCUGGGCAUGGCCCUUUUCCUUUACGGUGCACUGCUUCGGGAAUGGGCUUUAGAAGUUUUGUCAGCAGAUUUGGUGAAAUCUGCUGCCCUUUUCAGAAAAGCUGCUGGGGUUUAUCACCAUCUGGCUCAUGAGGUCCUUCCAUGUUUGCAGUCUGAAUUGGUACUAGAAAGGCCACCUGAAGCUACCUCAAGUGUGGCAUCGGUUAUGAGCCUCAUUUGCUUGGCGGAGGCCCAAGCUGUAACUAUAAAGAAGGCAGAGGAAAAAGGAAACACUGGAGGUCUUUUGGCAAAGCUGCAUUGUGGUGUUGCACAAUUACUUGAUGAAGCUUUUGUUAUUUUGCCUUCAGCGACCACAGAGUGCAAAGAUAUUUCAGCGCGCUUUGUGGAUUUCAUUUCAUCAUCAAAAGCCCUUCAUGAGUUAAAAAGUUACAAAUUCCUCGCGGAAGGCCUAAAGAUUGCUGGUCAGGUUGGGGCUGCCAUUGGAGUUCUUCGGUACGGAUUAACAAAUGCGCAAAAGAAAACUCCAGGGGAGGAGUCAUGGCGAUUGGUCUUCAAGCAGGAAAUCGAUGAGGUGACUGCACUGCUGAGAAAGUAUGAACAUGAGAAUGAUUUUGUCUGGCGUGAGAAGAUUCCGGAUCAUGAUGAGUUACCAAUACCGGAAGGGUAUUAUAGUUAUACUUUGGGGGAAGCAAAGGUCAUCAAGCUUCUUGGUGUUUUCUCAUUUUCUCAGUUUGCAAAAUGUUGGAAUGCAAUUUAAGAAUAAUGGUACUGUUUUUGUGAGGAAAUUAAGUUGUAUCUUUAUUUACAAGAGAUUGGCAAAGCUUUGUUCAGUUGUAUGAACUAGAGGGUUUAUGAUGAAAAUUGACAGUCUGUUGUUCGAAUUUUAGAGGGAUUAUCAUUUGUGCUUA